AUGGCGGAAAGCGUGAACCUGAAACGUAGCGGUAAAUAUUUAAACAAUUCAGACAAUGAUGUCACUCCGAGAAAAAGGAAAUCAGACUUGCAUUCAGUGAACCAAGUUGAUCGAAGUAGAUCUUGUCCUUACCUUGACACAAUAAACAGAUCUGUGCUUGAUUUUGAUUUUGAGAAACUCUGCUCUGUAUCUUUGUCUCAUAUCAACGUGUAUGCGUGUUUGGUAUGUGGCAAAUAUUUCCAAGGUCGUGGCACUAAAUCCCAUGCGUACACACACAGUGUACAAGAUGGCCACAGAGUUUAUCUCAAUCUACAAACACAAAAGUUCUAUUGUCUUCCUGAUAAUUACGAAAUCAUUGAUUCUUCUCUAGAAGACAUAAUUUAUGUGCUUAACCCAACAUUUGAUAAUGAACACAUCAGCAAACUUGAUGCAAAUCCCAAGUUAUCACGGGCAUAUGAUGGGACAACCUAUCUGCCAGGUAUUGUCGGUCUCAAUAACAUAAAAGCAAAUGAUUAUUGCAAUGUAAUAUUGCAGGCGUUGUCCCAUGUUCCUCCUCUGCGAAACUACUUUCUUCAAGAAGAAAACUACAAAACCAUUCGCAGGCCACCUGGAGACCAAAUGUUCCUCCUUGUACAGAGGUUUGGAGAGCUCUUACGCAAGUUGUGGAACCCACGUAAUUUCAAAGCUCAUGUCAGUCCCCAUGAAAUGCUUCAGGCUGUUGUCCUCUGCAGUAAAAAGAAAUUUCAAAUUACAGAACAAGGUGAUGCAGUAGACUACAUGUCAUGGUUUCUAAAUUCUCUGCAUUCUGCCUUGGGUGGAAAUAAAAAGUUGAACAGUAGUAUUAUUAAUAAAACAUUCCGUGGAAAGAUGACAGUCUACUCCAGAAUGGUUCCCCCUCUUGACUUGAAAGAAGAAGAAAAAGAAAAAUUACUUCAAACAGAAGAAUAUCAAGAAACAAUGGAAGAAACAAGAUUUUUAUACUUGACAUGUGAUUUGCCUGCACCUCCACUUUAUCCAGAUGAUUUACGUGAAAACAUUAUCCCCCAGGUGCCCUUGGCUAACAUUUUAGCCAAGUUCAAUGGCGUCACAGAGAAGGAAUACAAAACUUAUAAAGAUUCAACAAUGAAAAGAUUUAAAAUUACCAAGUUGCCUCCUUAUAUUAUUCUUUAUGUCAAAAGAUUUACAAAGAAUUAUUUUGUUUUUGAGAAGAAUCCUACAAUUGUGAACUUCCCUAUCAAAAAUAUUGAUUUUGGAGAUUUGCUCACUCCUGAAAUCCGUGCAAUCCAUCCUUACACAACAUACGAUCUCAUUGCAAAUAUUGUACAUGAUGGGGAUUCUUCUGGUACUGACAAAGGAACUUACCGUGUACACACACUGCACAAGGGAACAGGCAAAUGGUUUGAGCUGCAGGAUUUGCACGUGGCUGAUAUCCUACCACAGAUGAUUACUUUAUCAGAAAGUUACAUCCAAAUAUAUGAAGUUCGUAAAGACAUCCACAAUGCAUUCUACAAACCCUCAAGUAAUGAUCAACCAAGUUAA